GCCCCCGCCGGGUCCCCGCGCCCUGGAGCCCCGCGCGGGCGCUGAGCGCAGCCCGUGAGCCGAGCGCAGCCAGGAUGGCCUCGUCGUCCGGCAACGACGACGACCUCACCAUCCCCAGGGCUGCCAUCAACAAGAUGAUCAAAGAGACGCUGCCCAACGUCCGCGUGGCGAACGACGCCCGGGAGCUGGUGGUCAACUGCUGCACUGAGUUCAUCCACCUCAUCUCCUCCGAGGCCAACGAGAUCUGCAACAAAUCGGAGAAGAAAACUAUCUCCCCGGAACACGUCAUACAAGCGCUAGAAAGUUUGGGGUUUGGCUCCUAUAUCAGUGAAGUCAAAGAAGUCUUACAAGAAUGCAAAACAGUAGCACUAAAGAGAAGAAAGGCCAGUUCACGCUUGGAGAACCUUGGCAUUCCGGAAGAAGAGCUACUAAGGCAGCAACAGGAAUUAUUUGCACAAGCUAGACAACAGCAAGCAGAACUGGCACAGCAGGAAUGGCUACAGAUGCAACAAGCAGCUCAACAGGCACAGCUCGCUGCUGCCUCAGCCAGUGCAUCCAAUCAGGCAGGAUCUUCUCAGGAUGAAGAUGAUGAAGAUGAUAUCUGAAAAUCACCAGCUGAGUUGUCUUACUAAGAAAUACUUUUCCUGCACAAUGAAAACAGUGAAAUGAAUGCUUACCUGUAAGUUUGUAUGCAUCGUGGACUGGCAGUUGGUAUUCUAGGGGUGUCUGCUGUUGUGUGCUGUACAUGUAUAAACUGUCUUUUUUGAACUCUUGAAGAUUUAAGGUUCAGUAUCAUAUCAACUUUGGAUUUUUAAUGGUGUAUAUGGAAAUUUUAGAUAGCAGUGCGUCAUUUAUUUGAUCAAUAAACAGUGUUACAAUAAACAACAUGUUUAUAAAAUAUAGUGAGAUUUAUACAAAAAGCUCUAAAUCCACAUUUGCAUUUCUUCCCUUUUAACUAAACUAUGAAAUCUUAGAAUUUUUAAUUGUUUUUUGGGGGAGUGGUACAGUAGGCAUAAUCUGUUAACAUGAAAAAAAAAGUAGAGUUCAACAUAGAAGGGUCUGAAUUCUUAGUUCUUUUUAAAAUGAGGAUGUAUAUGGCAAUAAAUAUUAUAUAUGCUCGAAUACCACACUUGUUAAAAUUUGAAAAUUAUACAUUUUCACCAAACUAGGAAAAGGUAUGUUUAAUAGGAGUUGUACAAAUUCAGUCUUUUUUUUUGUAUAGGGGUGGAAAAAAAAUAAACCCAUGGUUUUAUUAUGACAUCCUUUUGACAGUCCUAACUGAGUAUUUCACUUCAAAGACUGCCUGGUUUGAAGAACUAACUCUUCUUUUACUUCACUCCAGUUUAAUGUUAACUGUUGUUGAUGGUAUUUUGUAGUCCAGAUUUAUUCAUAUUGUUGAAAUAUAAAGCUGGAACUUAAAGAAACAAAAUUGUUUUCUGCUGAUGUGACAGGGAGUGAUUACGUAUUUAAGACCAAGAGGGCAAAAGCUGACCCUAACAGCAUGUUUGUCAAAAAAGAGAGAAUUUAUUUAACCUUGAUUAGUCAUUGUCAGCAUAAUGCUAACAUUCUCCAGACUAGAUUGCCACUGGAUUACUAAGAUACCUUGUUGAGAGACAACAUUUUCUUCACUCAAAUUGGUUUGUAGGUAAGUCCAGGUUUCUGAUAAAUUGUUCCCCAAGAGUGAUCAGUAGCAAUACAUGAAACAGAAAUGAUAUACUUGUCCUUUUGAUAGUUCUGUUGAUUUAAUGGAUGAGCAGCUGUCCUUUGUGUUGAAAUAAAGCACAGUAGUGUCCAUUGCUGAGUUUUAAUGUGUUACUUGAAGUAAUACUGGCAUAUCUUCUGGUACACUAAUCUGAGCAGACUAGAAAAGCCACUUGCAUGCUGCUGUAGUUGACCUCAUAGCUCUCAGACGAUGGGGAUGGUUUUACCAAAUGAUGUCCUCAUGAGUUGCUCUAGUUGGAAUUCUUGAGGAGGGCUGCAGCAGUCUGUUUACAUCAGGAUGCAAACAGCAAAGGGUGGACCCAUUUUUACAAAAAGAUCUGAACAAGAUACAAUUGGCAUGUAUUCAGAUCUCAGUCACAUAGUGACUUUUGAUUUAAAUUUGAGAUGUUUUAAGUUGCAUAUUGAAUAAAUGUGAACAUGUCUUUAAAACUAGUAAUGCAGUGAAAAUUCAGAAGAGUAUUUGUUUAAAUGUUUAAGUUUAAAAAAGAAAAAAAAAAACAACUUUCCUGGAUACCAGAUAAAAUGUUAGGCAAGGUUUGACUGAGGAAGUGGUUUUCUGUAAAGGUUUAAGUACCAAAGGUAGAAAAUCUAGUCUAGUGAUACAAUGUUAAUGUGCAGUGUUGGCUUUUCUAAUUUGUACUGUAACACCUUCACACUUUCUAUUUUAAAUGAGUCUUUUCCUUCUAAAUAAUACUAGGUAUAUUUUCACACCUUUCUUUUCUGAUGCAGAAAUCAGGUUAACAUUUUACUGCAUCUGGUAUGUAUGGUGUAAUGUUUGAAUUUUUGUGACCUUUCUUUUUGGACAUUCUUGUGCUUUUUCAUAUGCUGUAUUCUUCAAGCAAUAAAAUUCUGAUGUGUUUUUAUAAAAUUGCUUUUAUAUUUAA